CAAUUCAAUCUCGACGCCUUUUUCUGUUUUUGCUGCUUCUAUUUCCCCCUACCAUGCCCGCACUUUGUUCACUUUGGCCUGAUUGUUGUAUAAAUUUGGGGAAAUCUGACGUCUUUAUUCAGAAUAAUUUGGAGCCCCACGGUGUGCGUGUGUACAAGUGUACUGGAUAUUGCCUAUGCUGCAAAUCUCUCGAGUUAUCAUUGCUCAGCGGAUUGAUGCGCGCUCUUCUUGGCAAUGCCAGUAUACAAUUAGGGCAUAUUUCUGUCUUCUCACACACGCGCAUUUCCAGUAAAGCUGAGCGGCAGAAAAAAAUAAUGUUAUUGCAUUGUCAAAUUACUUUUGCAAUACAUUGGCUUUCUCUCAUCCUUGGCAUUGAAUAUUCUUUUUUCAUCUUCAAACAAUCAAAUUUGUUGGCACUCGCCAAGCGGGAUGAGAACAGUGGGUGGUUCGAACACCCCCCACCCCCCUUUCUUGCCAUCUGCCAACCGCCCCGCCUCUUUCCCCUAUUAUUCGCUCAGUUUGCCCUUGGUAGCACCUUAACUUUUUUCCACCACCCAUGUCUAUUUUAUAUUUUUUUAGCUGGCAGUAGUCGCAUGUCACUUUGGAUGCUUGUCCAAAAUCGGAAAUUUGAUAUAUCUUGUUGGCUGCUUGUGUUAAUUUUUUUUUUGUUAGCGCGCUUAUUUCCACAGGGAAUUACUUUUUCUUUGGGCUUGUCAAACCACACCCUCCUUGUUUGCCACAGAUUAUAUAUAAACUUACCGGCCCGUUGAAAUAAAUCAGAACCAAAUUUUUUCUUUCUGCUCCAUCUUUUUUCUGUUUUUUGCUCCCCUGUGCUUAUUAUAACUUUUCACACCCCUUGCAUUUGGCAUAAUAUAACUACAUGCUUAAAAUAUCAUUUCAUUUAUUCUAACUUCAGCACACAUACGCGCACAUAUAUUUUUUGUUUAUAUACUUGUAGAAUACUCGGCACUCUCCAACUUUUUCACAUAUUCAUUUCUUAUCCAGCCAUUGCUUCCAAUCA